GAUAAAUUAUUUAUGUCGCAUCUUCAGUGCUGCUGAAGCCCUCGCUCCUCAGGAACGGGCGGAAAUGUCAGGCUUUGGAGGACAGGCUCUGAAUUUGGAAGGACUGUGCUCAGGGAAAGCUAACGUGCAAACCUGCCCCUCCUGGCUUAACCGAAGACAAGCUCUCCUCUGCGCUUUGAUCUAGUGGGUGUCUGUCUCGCUGCCCCGAUUCAGGUCUUUCAAACCACUUUCCCUGCAAGCGCAGUGAGCUGCCGCCGCGGCAUAUGGAGCUCUCAAAGGCUCAGAUCUGGCUUGGUGAAAGGAUCCCUGGUAACGAAGAACAAAGGAGAAGAAAUGCAGAGAAGUCGGCUGUCGGAGCGGCAUUGUUUCAAAGGGCAUGGUUUCCGUAAGGCCUACGCCAGACAUUAAGGGGUGGCAUGAGUGACCAGGCUUGCCCCCAGCACUGAGCAGCCAGAGCCGCCGGGAGCCGGGCCAAGAUGCCGAUCCCUCCUCCCCCCCCCCCGCCGCCGCCUGGCCCCCCGCCGCCUCCCACCUUCAGUCAGGCUAACACAGAGCCGCCGAAACUGAGCCGAGAGGAGCAGCGGGGCCGUGGGGCCCUCCUGCAGGACAUCUGUAAAGGGACCAAGCUAAAGAAGGUGACGCAAAUCAAUGACCGGAGCGCACCAGUCCUAGAAAAGCCCAAGGGCAGUGGUGGUGGCAGCUACGGGUCUAGCUCAGCUGCGAUCCAGCCAAAGGGCGGCCUCUUCCAAGGUGGUGUGCCCAAGCUCAGACCCGUGGGAGCAAAGGACAGCUCAGACAGCUCCAGUAAGCAAACCCUGCAAGUCCCCGGCUCCAGAGCAGCCGCCCCCAGGCCCCCAGUGCCAGCCAGCAACAGCCGACCUCAAGAUGAUGCUGACAACAGCCGGGCCUCUCCCCCAGAGCUGCCGCGCACGCAGAGGCCCUCCCUGCCGGACCUCUCCCGGCCCAACACUGCUGGCAGCACCGGCAUGAAGCACAGCUCGUCCGCCCCACCGCCUCCCCCUCCGGGACGCCGCACCACCGCACCUCCCGCCCCCCCUCUGGCGCACGGUGCCAAGGUGUCUUCCUACAACCGGGAGAAGCCCCUGCCGCCCACCCCGGGACAGCGACUGUCUGUGAGCAGGGACGGACCCCCUGCCCCGCCACCCAUCAAGCCCCCUCCCUCCCCAGUCAGUAUCCGAACGGGAUCAGGGCCUCAGGGCCAGUCUCUCGCCCCCCCACCACCCCCUUAUCGGCAACCCCCCAGUGUCCCCAACGGCCCUUCCAGCCCCAGCAACGAGUCCGCCCCGGAGCUGCCGCAGAGACACAACUCCUUGCACAGGAAGACGCCAGGCCCUGUGCGGGGUCUGGCACCGCCACCACCCGCUUCAGCCUCCCCAUCUCUCCAGAGCAGUCGUCCCCCUCCGCCGGCCAGAGACCCCCCCAGCCGGGGAGCAGCCCCACCACCCCCUCCGCCAAUGCUGCGAAACGGGGGGCGUGAUGCCCCCCCGCCCCCACCCCCCUACAGACUGCACGGCUCCACCGAGCCCCCGAGCCGAGGGAAGCCGCCACCGCCGCCCACGAGGACGCCGGCCGGGCCGCCGCCGCCUCCACCACCAGUGCGGAAUGGGCACCGGGACUCCAUCUCCACCGUCAGAGCGUUCCUGGAUGACUUUGAAUCCAAAUACUCCUUUCAUCCUGUCGAAGACUUCCCAGCCCCAGAAGAAUAUAAAUACUUCCAGAGAAUCUACCCCAGCAAAACAAACAGAGCUACGCGUGGGGCCCCCCCUCUGCCCCCCAUCCCCAGGUGAAAGCAGGCUGCACAGGCGGAUUGUUCCUGAGCAGAGAGACGGACCUCCUUCCCCUUCCUCAGACAGACCCUCCCCACCUCCCUGCCCCCCAGGAUCCUGCAUGAGAAACUCCCAGCGUCUUUGGUUUUCCCAGCUGCGCCAGGACGAGCAGAUACCCCCGGCCCAGCUCUCUCCGCCAGCCCACCCUCAUCUAUGCAUCUCCCCCAAGACUCGGUGACCUUGCUGGCAAGCCCAGAUGGGUCCUUUGCUCCUCGCUCGUCGCAGAUCCCGGGUCCGGCCGGGACCCCGCAUCCAGCCGCAGCCUGGGAGCCCGGCACGAGGACUUGAGGAAGACGCUGAGCCGUGUGCGGCCGGCUGGUGGGACCAGGGGUGGCUCGGUGCCCGAUUCCUCGGGGCCGGGGCGGAGCGAGGGGGCUUGGAGAGGAGCUGGGGUAGGUCUGGAGAUGGACACGUUGCGUGAUCACCAGCUGCGCCGGCGGCGGAGCGAGGGGGAGCUGGGACAGGCCGGCAGAGCCUCGUUACCCCGGUGCAGCUGAUUGCUUUUUUGCACAGGAGCCAGCGGAGGAGCGGGGGGGGGGGGGGGUGAGCGGGACCAUCCAGGGAGACCCUGACGGCGCUGGGGGCUGUGGGGUGGCUGUGGGAGGGGGAAACCCCCCUCCCUGCUCCCACGGGGUGACAUCCCCGAUGCCACCCGGCAGCAUCGCACCCCAAAACAGCCGCAGCCGACGGCUUUUCACGCCGCUGGGUUUUGAUGGGCCGAGGAGGCGCCCGGCGGUGGCAGCCCGGCUUUUAACGCUAAAUUACCAAACUAGAGCAUUUUAACGGGAAGACACUAAUUGUCCGUGGAGGAAGCUGGGGGUGCCGUUACCGUGGGGGGGUGUCGUUCGUUCUGUUUCUUAUGUGGCGGGUGGGGGGGAGCACGGGAAGGGACUUGGGGCCACGGCCCCUGUGCCGGGGGGGGGGCUCCGGCUGACGUUUUGCCUUACACACUACCCUGUCCGACUGUUGGUACCGGGCUGGUUUCUCUGUAUUUACUCGCAGUACCGGGGUGGGCUGGACAUUAACCGUAGUUACUGAUCUAUUUUGUACGUUGUAAAAAGCUUGUACUAUAGGAGGAAGGUGGGCUCACUGCGGGUGUACUAAACCCUCCCCUCUAACUGUUUCGGGGUUUGUUUUGGGUUGGUUUGGGUUUUUUUUUUUUGGUUUGUUUUUUGUUUUGUUUUGUUUUUCUACGAAGAUGGAAACUUUCCUUGUUCAGGCUGAAGUGAGGCAGCGCCCAGGGUGAGGGGAUGCUUGGGGUGGGUUUCUCUGGAGGACGAGCCCCCCCCUUCCCCCCCCCAGCGCUGUCCUUUGGUUUAAAUAAAGGUAAAAAAAGGUUCUCCCUGAGCGCUGGCUGCCCCUCCCGGGGGAACGAGGGGCUGUUUUAAGAGGGAACAGAAUAAAAACUGAGGAGCUUGAAAUUGCAUUUAAAUAAAAGUAAUAAAGAUA